AUGCCCACCACCAACAGAAUCAUUUCUGACAGCAGGAAGACAGACAGAGGUGACACUUUCUGCAUUUUUUUUUUUUUUAAUCUUAGUUCUAUUACUUUAAAUCUAAGACUUUUCUAUUGUAUUGCAUGUACAGUUAACUCCCUCUGUCAUCUUCAACCCUUUAAUAUGAACUCAACAUGUGUGCUUUUAUAUCCAAUGCAAAGCUCAUCACUACUAAAGCUUUAAAUGAAUUGAUUUAAUAACCUCAGCAUGCGUUUGCAGUAGUGAGUUAUUUUUUUUUUAUUACUGCCUGUGAUACAGACUCCAAGAGCACGGGUCAUCAGGCUUUAUGUGCGUGUGUAAAGCACAGUAUUUCACUAGCUGAUUUCAUGCUUGUCGUAACCAGAGGCAUUUAAUGGUUUUACUGCCUUGAAGCGAGGGUCUGCUUGUGUCAACACGAUCAGCAUUUACAAAGAUUGAACAGCCUAUGCAUUGAACACUAUGCAUGGAGAGUAUACUAGCAGUCAUCGAGCAAAGAUGCAGCAGAUAUCCAUAAAUUGCAGUCUGGACUCACAGCUGUUUGCUUGUAUAAACUAUAAAACAGACUUAAUUGAAGCAGUUACAUAAUUUGCAUGGAGUGUCGUUUUUGUUUUAAGUCAUUUUUGGUGUCAUGAAUCUAUUUAGCGCUAAAGAUCAUGAGUUAUGGGUUAUCUUCUCACUCUGUCAUACGUGGAACAAAUGCAGUAGGACAGUAAUAGCCUAUUAUCGCAAUCUUUUUUCAAAUCUCUUCACAACUUGACUAAUGAGUUCUGUAUAAGUCGGCUCCAUGGAGGGUUUGGAGUUGCUUUAAAGCUUAAAUAUUUUGUAUGGUGUCAGGUUGUGAAGAGACCGGACAAUGCAGCUUAUUUCCAUCACCUUGAGCUAAAUUUGGACAGGUGGCUUAAAAUUCCUACAUAUUAUCUGUCAGCCUCCAGUCAACAGAGAGAUAAAUAUCAGCUCAUUUAGACAUGACGCGCAUACUGAGAGACAAGAACUGUUAGCCUUGAAAAACAGAUGAAAUUGUGACUUAAGCUCUGGUGGAGAGCACGUUCACCUUUACGUCUUUGUUUCAAUAUUUACACAAAAUUUAAUCUGCCUCACAAAUCCUAAAAUGAUGCAAUGUGAACAAAUUAGAUUGUAUACUUUGGAGAUGGUGGUUGGUAAAAAUAAAGCACAGAGUUAUGUUAGUCUAUGUUGACAUCUUUAUGGUGACAGGGUUAGGUGUCUCCUCUUUUCGAUGUCCAUCCGGAGACUGCUUGUUAACACAUGAAGGCUAAGAUAAAGUUUCAAAGUUGGCAUAGGGCCCAAUAUUGUUAUAUAAGCGUAGCACAUCGAUUAUUGUUUCUAGGAAUGCUACAACAGCACUGCACCUCUUACUGAGCUUCAAUUCAAGUAGAAACACCAAAACACUUAUUGAUUCCAGUUUGCAAUAAACUCUUUUAAUCAAACAAAAUCAACUUUGUUAUCAUGAUCCUGCAUGCGCAACAAUUUUACUCUAUGAUCUAAAGCCAAACUACUUUUCAUUUCAGGAGUUUGUUUUCCUUCACUUUAUUCCUCUCGUUGUUAUUUGCACCAUGAUACCAAUGUUGAAUCUAUUUGAACUUACCCAACCUUGGCUGGCAGCUUGUCUCACUCUUCUUAUCCAAUUAACAGCCGUGAGCUUUACACGCUGCUCGGGUGUGACCACAGCCAACCCCUGCAGCAUCAGGGGUGUCUGGAUCAUCCUAACAGCCUGGCAUGAAUCAACUUCUGGCUAAACAAAAGCACGCACUAGCUGAUGUGAUGAUCUGACAGAGGCAGAUGGUUUGCUAAAUAUAAGCACCUUUUUUUUUUGAGCCGUCUCACUAUCAUCAGUUGAGAGACAUGCCGCUGCUAAACUGCUGUAUUUAUAACGCUCAAGUAUGUCACCCCUGAAGUAAGUUCCUGUUUCCCUCUAAUCUUAUUUCAGCAAAGAAAUCCAAAGCUGAAAACUCGGGUAAGGCAAACGUUCUGCUCCAGCCUGUAUAAAUGUUUUAUAAGCUUGGAUAAAAUCUUCGAACAUCUUCAGUUCCUCUGACCCUUUUCUGCACCCGACUGAUGUUGUUCUGUUGUGCACUCCUCAGAGAAGAUCCCACCAUAUGAGCCAAAUAUCCCUGAACCAACAAGCAGAGCUGAACUCAUGAAACGUAAGAUUUAUACAUAUAUUUUUAAAACAUCUACAUAUCUAUAUCUAUAUAUAUAUAUAUAUAUACAUAUAUAUAUAUAUAUAUAUAUAUAUAUAUAUAUUAUUAUUAUUAUUAUUAUUAUUUUUUUUUUUUUUUUUUUAAACUAAGGCUGCACAUACACAAUUUUACCUGAUCACUGUCUGAGUAUUCACAACAAGGGCCUGUGUCUAGUCCAUUAAUCAGUGCAGUUCAGCAUUUCCAGACACAAAAGUGUAUCAGCUGUUUAACCGUCUUAGUUGAAGAUGGUUCAAUUACUGAACACUGCCGCACUCACCAAUGUCCCUUUUCUAACUGGCCAAUUAAAUGCAAGACAAAGCGGCAUCCCUGAUACCCACUUUGUCAACAACACUGGUGAGGGUCCAUAUCAAGAAGAAACUAGGCACAAGUUUUUACUAUGAAAAGCCAUUAAAUCAGGGCAAACAUGAACCAUACAAUGCAUUUUAAAACCAGGCUAAGCAGUCACUUCUAUGUCAGCAGGAGCGCAAGAAGAGAAGACAGCUGAAAAUGGACACAGGCCCUAAAAGAUCUGAUAACUUUGAAUUUAAUGCCAUAACUCAGAGAAGAUAUUUAAUGUAAACAAAGUUUCAGUGAAUAAAUGUUUUUUGUCCAACACCAAUAGACUGGAUCAAGCUUUCCCUGGAUGACAAAACAGCCAAUAAGAUGCUUUGGAUCACAGAGGGCGGGGCUAAAGUGGCCAGAAUGACUGAUGAGGUCACUUGCCCUGUCUUGGACAGACCAGAACGCUAUGAAUAUGCUCCACAGGUAAAAUAUGAAGAUGUAAAUGGACUAUUUAAGUAUGAAAUAACAGAAUUUACAACAUGUGUUUUCUCAUGUGCCAAGACUCUGUCAACACCAUUCCACAGCAGGUAGAGUCUUACACGAUUUUGACACCCAGGAAACUGUUUUAUGGAACUGAGGGCUCUCCUUGGUGUUUAUUUUAAUCCUGAGGUGUCUGGUUUGGCAUUGCAAAGCAGAGAGAGCCAAGCUUCUCUGCAUUCCCUGCUGUGACAGCAACAGUAAAUCACGGGUUGUGUUAGAUUAUCUUUGAUUUAUGUCUGUCUUUUCAUCCUUAUUCCAAAAGGUUCUCUGCAAUGAAGGCAUCUUGGGCUUCAGAGGCUACUGGGAAGUGGAGUUCUCAGGAUGGGUGGUGGUCGGGGUCGCAUAUGAACGAGCUGGUAGGAGGAACAAUCAGGGACCCUGCGGCCUGGGGGAAAACGAGGAGUCCUGGGGUAUCGGCUGGAGUGGUUCAAGCUACUACUCAUGGCACAACAGCCAAAGUGUAGAGAUCACAGGGAUCCCCAAAUGCUCCAGAAUUGGUGUUUACCUUGACCAGCCUGCUGGUAUGCUUAAUUUUUAUGUUGUUGAGGAGAUGAAGGAGGGAGAGGAGAGUGUGGGGGGGAAGGAGGUGAAACUUCUGCAGCAGAUUAAGAGCACCUUUGGGGAGAAGAUGUUACCAGGAUUCUGGGUGGGGACACAGUCACACUGUUUUCUCGUAAAGAAUGAGGAAUAAAACCUGACUCAUAAUAUUGCGUCUAAAAGGGAAAACAUAUCUUUCUAUUGGAUCAAAGCUUUAAUCAGGGGAGUUGUAUGCACAAGAUGACCUUACGGCAGCAACGUGGUCACAUAAACACCCGUCUUCCAUGUCAUGAAAACGCUAACCAACAUAAUGAAGGUUGCAAAAAAGCCUUUGCACAUUACAUCAUCUUCAAAUAUUAUGGGGUUGAUUCCAAGUACAGACGUAAAUUCUGACAGGUUCAAGAUGGGUUAACCCUCCACUAUUUUAGACUUUCCUGAACCCAUCGGACCACAUAAGGUUUGUAGUAAUAUAUAUUUAUAUAUUUAUAUUCCUCCAUUGUUAUUGUUUGAUAAGACUGUAUAGUGUUACCUAGUUUGAUAUGAAUGUACUAAUAAUGUCACGUUUGCAAAAGUGUGAAUAAAUAAAAAAACAAUCAGACUUUUGUUGUGGUUUGUUCGUUUGCAGAUUACUUACCACUACACAAUGCACAUGUGGGAAUAGGUGUGUUACAUUUGAACAUGUAUUGAUUGGGAAGUAGAGUAUUAAAAAUCAAACAAACAAAAAGAAAAAAGACACUGCCUCUUAAGUCCAACAUGCAGAAAAAAACCCUUGAUAAGCUGAUCUCUGGAUACAGCUUUUCGCCACAUGAAGUGAUAUUGUCACCCUGCAGUAUCAGGAAAUCUCAUAGCACUAGAUUUCAUCACACUUUGUCUUAUGAAUAUUUGCAAUCUAAACUUGGACAGGUAGAGAUGUUUGAGAUGUAUCAGAAGGAAUUCUUUUUUGAGUAUACAGAUAUAUAAGAAUAUAUUAUAUGUGUUUGUCGACAAGGAGACAAGGAGGUUUUGUGUUUGUCUCCUGUGCCAUAGGGCCUUUACUUCCUCAGAGUGGGAUUACUACUCUAGUGUGGCAAUACUGCUGGUAUUUUAACCAUGGGGUUGCUAAUGCUAACAUUACAGACUUGUUUACACCUCAUUUUUGAACUAUCUGUCCCUGAGGAGUUAUGUCAGGUGCCACACAGCAGUUGUUUUUGUAACCUGACAGUCUGUGCAUAUAUGGAGUUCUGCUUUGAUGUCCCAUUUAUUUAGGGUGACCACACUGCCUCUUUUACCCAGACAUGUCCUCUUUUUUGGGAGCUGUCUGGGCUGUCCGGCUUUGUCCGGGGAAAUUUAUAAACUACUUCAAAUGUCCAGGGUUUUGUACAGAAGUUUCAAGUUUAUGUCCUGUGGAUGUUCUAAUUUAGAGGUGCGUAAAAGACACUCGAUCUAAUCCGAAAAACUCUCAAAAUGGAGCACGUGCGACUCUGUGACUCUGCCCCAACAUAGUUGUGUCCUCUUUUUGGGGAUUCAGAAUAUGGUCACCCUACAUUUAUUAUUUUGUUAUUAAGUACAACUAGGUGUAAAUUUUGCUGGAUGACAGCUGACAUAGAUAAUCAGGUGAGAUGGCCGGGAUAAAUGUUCGAUUACCAAUCCGUGAGAGAAUGCAAAGAUCAGCUCUGAUCUGAUUUUUAAGAUUUGGAUUCUCCUGAUAAUAUAGUUGUAAUGUUUUUGACAUCAAACCUCAUUCUGCUUUCUUUCAAUGAUCAAAUAUUUGCUCAUCAGCCUGGAAACAGAGAGAUGUCUGUUCCCGCGACAUGCAGCUAACCACUUUAUCUGAUGCAUUCUUGGCAGCAGCUGUCAUGAGGCUAAUUGUCACAUGUUUGCUUUAGUAGGUCAUAGGAAGGCACAAGUAUUAGUUUCAGUCUGUUUCAUAACCAGCUAAAAACUCCUCACAGUAGCUUUAAUUUGGGCAGGGAGAGUGAUGCUAUGUGGAAGAGUCAAUCGUCUAGCUGCCAGAGAGUUGGGGGUUGGAUUUCAGCUCUAGCUGUCCACGUGCCGAAGUGUCCUUUGGCAAGCUAUUUAACUCUGAAAUUGCAUCAGUGGUGUGUGAAUGGGACUAGCUAAUUGCCUCAGUAGUUUGAUAUAGUGGUCUCUGCUAUCAGUGUGUGAAUGAGUCAUGCAAAGGUGAGUGUGACAAGGGAUGUGAAAGUGUUUUGGAUGGUCACAAGACUAGACAUACAAAGAGGCUAUUUACCAUUUAUUUUAAUUAGCAGCAGGUAUUUAUACACACGCUCUUUAGACCAUACAAGCCAGAUCAUAGGUCUGGCCUUGACGGCUGAAAAACUUUGUAUAAAUUGGGCUGUAAGUGAUCUUUGACCCACACAACACAUCUAGGUUGACAUAUUUUUACAGUUUGUCAGGUUUGACGAAGGUGUCUUUUUUACUAAAGGGGUCCUGCCUCCAUCUCUACCCUGUGUUGACAACGCUAGUCAUGUGUGCGCCGACACCUUCUUGCUUUUUUUGAUCACACUCCUAAAGUUUCAGGGGUGUCAAAUUCCUGUCCUGUUCCAGUCUCACUUCUAUCCAUACGUCAAAGUCAAGUGCAGACACCCCAUUGACCCCCCGCAGAGCCCCCGUUCCACUGACCUCUACACCUCCUCCAGACACCCUUAG